CUGGCCUGAAUGUCAAGGCUCGCUCCUACACGCCAGGAAUGACCGCACAACCACCUGCUUAGUCCAACACACACGAUGUCCUCACAACCAGACUCCGCCGACGGCGCGGGCCCGCUCCUCGAGCCCGCUGCCACCACCGAUCCACCCUCCGGCGCAGCGGCGAGCCCCCCGCCACCGCAGGCCGCUGCCGCCGCCCCCAGCUCGCUGGGCUCGCUGGACCGCCUGCCGCCCGACCUGCUGGCCAGUCACGUGUGGACGCAGCUGCCGCGCCGCGACCGCCGCGCGCUGCGGCUCGCCUCCCGCGGCCUGGCGCGCCUCACCGCAGAGGCGGUGAUGAGCCGCCUGACCGUGGCCGUGUGCCGUGCCUCCCUGCUCACCCUCACCUCCCACAACCACAAACUGCACCAGCGCUUCCCCCGCCCCACACGCCUCACACUACGGCUGCUGCCGCCCGCCGGCGCCAACCGGCGCAUCGGCGAGCUGUCGGAAAUGGCGGCGGCGGCGGCGGCCGCCGCCGCCGCGGCGGACGGCGGCAGCGGCGCUGGCGGAGGAGGAGGCGGCGCCGCCGCCGCGGGCGGAGCAGCGGAUUUCUUGGCGGGAGUAGGUGGCGGCGGUGGUGGCGGCGGCGGGCCGGAGUGGGAGGGCAGCACGGCUGUGAUGUCGUACUUCUUGUCGGAGCUGGGCGCCAGCACCACCCUCACAUCGCUGUCGCUGCAGGGCUGGCAGGAGCUGCAGCCGCGCGACCUGCACCACGUGGCCGCCUGCUACCCGCGACUCAGUAGGCUGCACCUGGCGGGGCUGCCGGGCAACAACUACCUUCACGGCCACGUGUUGGCCUCGCUGGGCAAGGCGGGGGCGGCGGGGCUGCGCGAGCUGGUGGUCGACACGCAGGUGGUGAUGGACGCCGCCGCCGCCCUGGCCGCCCUCUCCGCCGCCGCGCUCCCCUCCCUGGCCGCGCUGCAGCUGUGCGGCCUGCCGCUGCUGGGCAGCUGGGAGCCGCUGCCGCUGGCGGGGCUGGGGGGCGGGCUGACGCGGCUGGAGCUGACGUUCGAGCACCGGCACGCGGGGGCGGAGGCGGCGCUGGCGGAGCUGGGGCGGCUGCGCGGGCUCAGGUGCCUGGCGCUGGACUUCAUGCAGCUGGGCACCGGCUCCUCGCUGUGGUCCGCGGGCUGGCUGCUGUGCCACGUGCUGUGCCGCCUGCCCGCCCUCACCACCCUGCGACUGCCCCGUGCCUUCCUGUACGACAAGUCCCACCCAGCCUACCUCGCCACACUGGCCGCCCGACUGCCGGCGCUGAGGGAGCUGGGGCUGGGCUCCGCCAUUCUGUCGGAGGAGACGGUGGCGGCGCUGAAUGGCGGCGGCGCGGCGGCGGCGGCGGCGGCGGCGAUGGCGGCGGCGGCGCGGGCGGGGCAGCGGCUGGGCGGCGGCGGCGGCGAGGAGGGUGGUGGGAGGGGCGGUGGGGCGGGUGGCACGGCGGGGAUGGAGCCGGCGACGCCGGCAGCGCGGCCGGGGGCGGAGGCGGGGACGGGGGCGGGGGUGGCGGGGGGUGGAGGCACCGGCCUGGAGGAGGGUGCGGCCGGAGGUGUGGACGUGGGCGUGGGGCCGUCCCGCUCUGGCGCCGAGGUGGCGGCGGCGGCCGCGAUGGCGGCGGCCGGCGGCGCCAGCUGUGGCGGUCAGGGCUCGCCCAUGUUCAUAUCCCCCCACUGCUCCGCUGGCGGCGCCAAUGACGGCGGCGGCAGAGCCGGCGGCGGGGGAGAGAGCAAGACCCCAGCGGCGGGGGCGGCAGCGGCGGGGGCGGGGGCGGGGGCAUGCGACAGCCUGGCUCCCACAACCCCGGCAGUGGCAGCAGCGGCAACAGCAUCGGCACCAGUAGCCGACGCGGGUAGCAGCGGCAGUAGCAGCGGCAGUAGCAGCGGCGGCGGUGGCGGCGACAUGAAUUCCGACGACGCGGCGGGUGUGUUGUUGGGUGCGGUGCCGCCGCCGGGCGCGACGUUGGUGCGGCCCUGGCGGCGGCUGGCUCUGGGGGCGGCCAUGCCUUGCUACCUGGAACUGUUGCUGCGGGCGCUCGGCAUUGAGCCGGUGGAGCAACAGCAAGGCGAUAAGCAGCAGGAGGGGGAGGAGCGGCGGCAGCAGGAGCGGGAGCAGCAGGCAGGGGAGGGGCAGGGGAGAGGGGAGGCGGGCCCUGCCACGCCGGCGCCGGAGCGGCCGGCCAGUGGGGCACGUGGCAGUGGCGCGGGCUACGGCGGCGCCCGUGCUACUGCCGAUGCCCGGGGUGCGGGUGCUGGUGGUGCUGCUGCUACAGCCCGGACGGGCAGCCUGGAGCUAUUGGAGCUGUGCACGCCCGCCACCCUGCCCAUGGUGCAGCUACUGCCGCGCUACGUCCGCAGUAGCAACAGCAGCAGUGGCAGUAGCAGGGCCGGCGGUGUCGGCGGCGGGGGCGGGGUGAAGGAGGUGCGGCUGCUGCUGCGGCUGGGCGGCAACUGGGCGGAUGUGGUGUCGGGGUUGCGGCGGCUGGGGCCGGCUCUGACGGGCCUGGCGCUCAUGCCCACCUUCCUGUACAGCACCGGGACCAUGAUCACUGAGCAGGUGGUGGCGGCGGUGGCGGCCGGCCUGCCGCACCUGACCCACCUGGAGCUGUACCGCCUCAACGCCGACCCCACACAGCUGGCGGCGGCGCUGGAGCACCUGCCGGCACUCAGGUACCUGUUGUUGGGUGUGGCGGACGAGGCGCGGGAGCGGCGCGGCCGCGGCCACCCCGCGGCGCUGGUGCGGGCGGCGCUGGAGGCCCUGCACCUGCAGCGGCAGCGGCAGCAGCGCUGGCGCGUCGCUCACUCCCGCACGCGGCUGGCGGCGACAACUGCCACUGCGGCUGCGGCUGCGGCGGCGGGCGUACGGCAUUCGGCCGAGCAGCUGGAGGAGGAAGCGGCUGCGGCUGCGUCUGUACACCCAGCCCCCUCGGCCCACUACCAACACGAACCCCAGAACCACCACAACCACCACCACAACCACCACCACAACCACAACCACCAACUGCCCGCGGACGACAGCGUGGUGUGCUGCGGCGAGCUGUCGGAGUCCGAGGCCGCCGCCUUCAGCGAGGCGGCGGAGCUGCAGUACGGCGUGUACGACAGCGCGGGCAGCCGGCUGCGGGUGACGCGGGCGCCCGGGGACCGCAGCCUGCCGGCGCGGCUGGCGGUGGGGUGCAGCAUGGCGCAGACGGGCUGGGAGCAGUAGCUGCAGCUGCAGAUGCAGAUGCAGAUGCAGAUGCAGAUGCAGCGGGAGGGGGGAGGGGGGGAGGUAGGGUCGUUUGGGCUGGCACGAGUCGGAGCCAACCUCAUGUCAAAGCGAGAUCUGAACCUGUAAUCAGCCCGAACGAAUGAGGGCGCGCGCGCAAGAGUGACGUGAAAAUGUGUCAUGUACGGUAUGCGUGUUUUUGCAUGUUGCAGGCAUUGUGCAGUUGUGCAGUUGUGCUCGCAAGUACCUGUGUGGCCGGUCGGGCCUCGGCGCGCAUUGCUAAGGUGGAAGCGGUGAAGCGCAGGGAGGGGGAAACCAGGGUGGGUUCAUGGGGUGAAGCGAGGGUGGGUUGAAAGAAGGGUGGGGCCGUGCGGGUGAAGGGGUCUGACGGUGCUGCAAGGCCGCUCCGCCACUGGGCCGCGGCGGCCGUACGUGUUGGCGCGCUUGUGGGCGACAAGGGAUGCCUCUGUUCAGCACUCGAGCACGCGCCAUGGUGGGACCAGAAAUCAAGUAUGUAAGCUUGCAGCCUU